AUGUCAUUAGGAUCCAAACCGCCCUUAGACUAUCCUAAUUACAAGAAGCAUCUGCGGAAGCUGAGUGGAAACCCGAAGGAUAUCCAGGCAUCGACCAGCGAGCUGAAUGCGUUGUCGUGGCCCUCCGAGGGGGCUGCGGAACGGGCUUCGGAGGACGCUGCCGCGGCGAAGGCGCGAGAGAGCCGCAUCGCCGACGCUGUACACACAAUCUUAACCGAGCUUGGCGAAGACUCCAGUAGAGCUGGACUCCAAGAUACUCCUGGCCGCUACGCCCGUGCCUUACUAGAAUUAACUCGGGGCUAUCAGCAGAAUCUCGUUGAGGUCAUGAACGGAGCCGUUUUCGACGAAGACCACGAUGAAAUGGUCAUUGUUCGGGACAUUACAGUGCACAGUCUCUGCGAGCACCACCUCGUCCCCUUCUAUGGUAAGAUACACAUUGGGUAUAUUCCCCGAUCCAAGGUUGUGGGUCUCUCCAAGCUGGCCCGCAUCGCCGAAAUGUUCAGCCGUCGCCUGCAGGUCCAGGAACGGCUCACCAAGCAGGUCGCAAUGGCUCUGUGGGAAGUCCUGGAGCCCCGCGGGGUUGCCGUGGUCAUGGAGGCUAAUCAUAUGUGCAUGGAAAUGCGGGGCGUGCAAAAGCCCGGCGCCUCCACAACCACCUCUUGUAUGUUGGGCUGUUUCCGUGAUCAGCAGAAAACCCGCGAGGAGUUUUUGAGCCUGCUGCAUCGUCCUUAA